AUGGAUGAUGAGAGUUCCACCAUCGAGGCCUUUGAGGAGCUUAAGACCAGAUCACUGGGAGCUUCAGAUGUUGCUCAAAUCGCAGCCGGCACUGGUCUUGCAGUCUAUGCCAUGUGGGUGGGAAUUCUACAGCCUGGUUUUCGAAGAGUUCCUUUAAAACUACAAGUUCCAUACAUACCGGCCAGCACAUCUCAAGUACGUAAUGUUAUGACGCUUCUGAAAGGUCGAAAAGGCAGUAUUGUUGAUUUAGGAUCUGGGGACGGACGCAUUGUACUAGAAGCCUAUCGUCAUGGUUUCACACCUGCUGUUGGCUUUGAACUCAAUCCUUGGCUUGUUUAUUUGUCCCGCUUCAAAGCCUGGAGAACGGGCCAUCAUGAAAAAGUGUCAUAUAGAAGAGAAGAUUUUUGGAAGGUGGAUCUAUCCAAAUGCAAGAAUAUUACAGUGUUUUUGGCUCCAAGUGUGCUUUCGUUACUGCAAAAGAAGCUACUGGCUGAACUUCCUCAUGAUGCCUUGUCCCUCAAGCCCAGCCCGGAUAUCGUCUCUCUGCAGCCGCCACACGCUUGA